GGGCCGGGCCGUGCGGGGAUGCCGUCGGGGGCCGCGCUGCUGGCGCUGGCCGCGCUGCUUUGUGCCGUCCCGCCGCCCGGUCCCCGCGGGGCGGCGGCGGCCGCGGCCUGGACCGCCUGGCUGAACGUGUCGUGGGAGAGCGGCGCGGACCGCAACCGGAGCGGGUGGGAGGCGGGCGAGAGCGGCCUGUACGGGCUGGACUCGCCGCUGCAGUCGGCCGAGGGGCUGCUGGUGCUGCCCGACAGCCCCGACGCCUUCAACGCCUGCAACGCGCUCACCAACUUCAGCGGGGCCCCCCCGCCCGGCGGCGGCUCCCCGGGCUGGCUCGCCCUCAUCCAGCGCGGCGGCGGCUGCUCCUUCGCCGACAAGAUCCGCCUGGCCGCGGAGCGCGGCGCCGCCGCCGCCGUCAUCUACAACUACCGCGGCACCGGCAACGAGGUGCUGCCCAUGUCCCACCACGGUGCUGAAAAGAUUGUUGCAAUUAUGAUUGGCAACCUGAAAGGCAUGGAGAUCCUGCGGCGGAUUCAGAGCGGCAUGAGAGUGACAAUGGUCAUCGAAGUGGGGAAGAAGCGCAGCCUCUCCAUGAAUAUCUUCACCAUCCUUUUCAUCUCCGUGUCGUUUUUCGUUGUUGCAGCAGCAACCUUGGGCUGCUAUGUCUCUUACUCUGCUCGGAGACUCAUUGUUGCAAGGGCCCAGUCCAGGGAGCAGCGACGACUACGGGCCAGGGCUAAGAAGGCCAUUGAAGAGAUGCAGCUGCGCACCUUGAAGGAAGGGGACAAGGAGAUUGGUCCAGAUGGGGAUUCCUGUGUUGUGUGCUUUGAACAGUACAAGCCAAAUGACGUAAUGCGUGUUCUCACUUGCAACCAUGUCUUCCACAAGACCUGUAUUGACCCCUGGCUUCUGGAACACGGGACGUGUCCUCUGUGCAAAUGUGACAUCCUCAAAGUUUUGGGUGUUGAGAUGGAUGUAGAAACACGGUCUGAGUCUGUGCAAGCCUCAGGAUCCAGUGGGCAGAGACCUCUAUCCACUGUCACUAUGGUUAAUGAAGAUGAUAAUCUCAGUGAGACAGCAUCAUCUGGAUAUGAUUCCGUACAGGGCCCAGAGGAAUCUGCUCAGGAAGCACAUGCACCAUCAGAAAAUGACAACACAUCUCCUGUAAAUGAAGAAUCCCAGCCCUCCACUGUGACUGCCCUUUCGCAGGGUGACAACCCAGGUUUUGAGGGAGAUGAAACGCCAGCUUCUGAGGGCAGGGUUGUUUGUGAAGUCACGCUCUAAGGACGUGCCCAGCAACACGGUGCAAGCCUUCUGCAAGGAGCUGCCUACUGCCAUUCCAUAUAUACCAAAAAUUGCAAGACUGCUGCAGAAAAUACUGCGUUGGCAAUGUUUAGAUAAAUAGACUUGUUCAAAUCACAAUUGUAUGGUUUGCCUUUCUUAAAACUGCAUUUCCCACGUGAGUUUUAGCACUCUUCAGAUAAAGCUGUCUUAAAUAUAAAGAAAACCAGCAGAUUCUAACGCUAAAACAAAAGUUCCAUCUUCAACAAAGCUUCUCUUCAGGGUUUGAGUUGUUUAAAUGAGAAGAUUCUUUAUGUUGUAGCUGUCUCUACUGGGAAGUGUUUUGAGUUGGGUUUUUUUUGUUGUUUAUUGUUUUAAUUCAAGUGGAUUUUCAUUGUAAACAAAUUAAUUUUUGAUCUGGUGUAAUGCUUAUUUACAACACACGAGGUUUUUUUGAACAACACUGUAUUUAAUGUUUCAGUGCACUAAUUUGGUAGGAGAAAAGUGCGAACUAAUGCUUGUAAAACUGGAUUUCGUCCACAGUGUCUUUUGGUUCUCUAGGAAACCAACUGAUUCUCUACCUCUCAACUCCAACCUGCCAACCACACAUUCCUAAAGGGGAAGAAAAGAAAGCUGCAAGCUGACAGGCCAAAUCUGACUUGCACAGUACCGUAAAGGGAACAACUGCAGGAACUUUUUAAGCCUUGUUAAUGUUAAACAGUCUGAAAGAUCCUCAAGUGACUUGGGGAGUUAUAACCAUCUCUAGCACCAGCAACAUGCCAGAGUCCUUGCUUUGUGGGAUGACUUCAGAAAGAGUAAACUGAAGAUAAAAAGAUAGAUUCUUCCCAAAGGAUCUACUGUGUUUUGUUCAGAAAAUGAUGCAGCCUCUGAAAGAUGCUGCACUGUUGCUGUGUGUUGUCUUGCUCAAGUGCACAAGCUGCAGGGAGAGCUGACGUCCUGUGAGUGUGACAGAGGGUUGGAGAAGCUGUCUGCCACCUGUGUGGAGUUGGGAUGGGGUCAAGGAGGAACACUGGGUGCCUCAAUAGUAAGUGACUUGGCCUUGCCCAGCAAAGGUAACUAAGGACGUCUUACAAAUGCACUUUAUUUUUUUACCUCUGUCUCUCUGACUAGUUUCUAAUAUUAGCAGGACUUUGCCUUAAAGCCUGCAAUAAAGAACUUCAGAAUCUGGAGGGGAAAAGCAAUGCAUUUUAUUAGUUAUAGUACAAAUUAAAUGGUUGUAAAUAUUUCAUAAUUUGUAUUGAAUUUGAAUAUGAAAAUGUAAAUAAAACUCUAUUUUUGAUGAUCCUGA